AUGGAGCUGGCCCGGCCUGCAAUCUUCGUUAUCUUCUUUCCUGGAGCCAUUCUGGGGAGCGAGAACCUCAUAACCAAUUCCUACAGCCUGUCUUCUACAAUAGACAGUGGUAGCACUAACCUGGGAUCAGUGUGCGGACGUCCCAGGGCUUCAGGCCGCAUCGUGUUGGGACAGGAUGCCCAGCCAGGCCAGUGGCCUUGGCAGGUCAGCGUGAGGGAGAAUGGAGAGCACGUGUGUGGAGGCUCCCUGAUUGCUGAGGACUGGGUGUUGACUGCUGCCCACUGCUUCAGCCAGGACCAGCCCCUGUCUGCCUACACAGUACUGCUGGGUACCAUCUCCUCCUACCCUGAGCCCAGUGAGCCCAGUGAGCUGAGAACUGUGGCCCAGUUUCUCAAGCACCCAAGCUAUUCAGCAAAUGAGCACAGUAGUGGAGACAUUGCCCUGGUGCAGAUGGCUUCAUCCAUCUCCUUCGGUGACUACAUCCUUCCAGUCUGCCUCCCGAAACCUGGAGACCCCUUGCUCCCUGACACCCAGUGUUGGGUCACUGGCUGGGGACACAUAGCCACAAAUCAACCUCUCCCACCACCUUUUGCCCUGAAGGAGUUGCAGGUGCCUCUUAUUGAUGCUCAAACCUGCAAUGCCUACUACCAGGAGAACUCUGUUUCCAGCAUGGAGCCCGUCAUCUUUGAAGACAUGCUGUGUGCUGGCUUCGAGGAAGGCAAAAAGGAUGCCUGUAAUGGUGACUCCGGAGGUCCCCUGGUCUGUGACAUUAAUAGUGUCUGGAUCCAGGCAGGGGUGGUGAGCUGGGGAUCCGACUGUGCUCUGUCCAAGAGACCAGGUGUGUACACCAAUGUCAGCGUCUACACCUCAUGGAUUGAGAACACAAUGUGGAACUCAGCCCUAGAAGUAAAGAGUUUCUCUCCAAGCCUUGCAGGGACCUCAGUCUCUGACCUGUUCCUGGCAUCCCUGGAGUUGCGUCUCCCCCAGUGGGCACGGGCCUGGCACAGCAGGAAUCUGAUGCUCCUCACAGGACCCUGCGGUCACAGGACCAUCCCUUCACGUGUAGUGGGUGGAGAUGAUGCGGAGCUUGGCCGCUGGCCAUGGCAAGGAAGCCUGCGUGUAUGGGGCACCCACUUAUGUGGAGCGACCUUACUCAACCGUCGCUGGGUGCUUACAGCUGCCCAUUGCUUCCAAAAGGAUAGAGAUCCCUUUGAUUGGUCAGUCCAGUUUGGUGAGCUGACUGCCAGGCCGUCUCUCUGGAACCUAAAGGCCUAUUCCAACCGUUACCAAAUAGAAGAUAUCUUUCUGAGUCCCAAGUAUGUGGAGUCCUAUCCCCAUGACAUCGCCCUGCUGAAGCUGUCAUCUCCUGUCAACUACAACACUUAUAUCCAGCCCAUAUGCCUCCUGAACUCCACAUUCAAGUUUGAGAACAGAACUGACUGCUGGGUGACCGGCUGGGGGGAUAUUGGAGAAGAUGAAAGUCUGCCAUCUCCCUACACUCUCCAGGAAGUGCAAGUAGCUAUCAUCAACAACAGCAUGUGCAACCACUUGUACAAGCAGUCAGACUUCCGGGUGAACAUCUGGGGAGACAUGGUCUGUGCUGGCAACCCUGCUGGCGGCAAGGACGCCUGCUUUGGUGACUCAGGAGGACCCUUGGUCUGCGACCAGGAUACGGUGUGGUAUCAGGUUGGAGUCGUGAGCUGGGGAAUAGGCUGUGGUCGACCUAAUCGGCCUGGAGUCUAUACCAACAUCAGUCAUCACUACAACUGGAUCCGGUCGACCAUGAUCAGAAAUGGGAUGCUGAGGCCUGACCCAGCCCCUCUACUGCUGUUCCUCACUCUGGCCUGGGCUCCCUUGAUCCUGGGGCCUGCCUGAGCCCACCUGUGAAAACAAGGUCAUCUGUGGG